AUGAUUCGGCCGCACAUCUCAUUUUUCAGAUCAAGCCUAUGCAAUGGACAGAGAUCCGGCUCCCCUCUAUCGAACAGCGCCUUGUUCGCACAAGGUGAGGCCAGCUCGAUAAGGGUAUCAGCGUACGAGGUGCUUAUGGUGCGUCGGAUGGGACUCUUAUCUCCUUGA